AUGAUGCGUCUCAACGUUGCCCUGUUUGCCUGUGUGGCCACGGUCUGGGCAAGCAACGAGACCAGCAACCUCCGGGGCAGCUGCACUCCAUCCUACCAUGUCAAUUGCAUGCACAACUCGAGAUGUUGUGACCCGACCACCACCUGCUAUGCAAAGGAUGAUGCUGUGGCCGUUUGCCUUCACAGUUGCACUCCUGGUAUCCACAUGAACGACCUGCCGCAGUACCGCACACCAUGGACCUGCAAGGUCAUCGGCCGCAACACUCCGGUGCCGUCGCCUCCAGCUCCAGCAGCUCCAGCGAGCGACGGGAAGUGUGUGCCGUCGUACACGGUGAAUUGCAUGCACAAUACCAACUGCUGCGAUCCUAGCACGAAGUGCUAUCGGAAGGACGAGGCCGUGGCGAUCUGCCUUCACAGCUGUGCUCCUGGAAUCCAUCUGAACGACCCACCACAGUGGCGAACACCUUGGAGCUGCGAGUUGAUGCAGGCGAGCCGCCCCACGCCGAUCGCUCCGAGCCCCGGGCCCUUGGUGACGGCCUUGCAGCAGCCCAGCGACGGGAACCUGAUGGAGUUCUACAUGUAUCGUGCUCAGAAUGACGAGGACUACCCGUUGGGGAACGACAACACCGGAAACCUGGAGGGCAUCAUGUGGUACCUGCAAAACGAGGUCCUCUCUGGGGUGUAUGGACCAGGUGCGAAGUUCGGGAUCACGCGGAUUAUGCGCUUCCGGGUGCAAGUGCGCGCGACGCAACCCUUGUUGGACAAAGGUAUGAACUUCGGUAUUCGCGUGGCCUUCGACAGUGGCAAGUGCACGGGCCCAGACUGUGACAUGGACUGGCAGGACUAUGGGUACAACGUGGGCUGCAACAAUCUCGGAGAAUGGCCAUUUCCUACCUAUGAUACCCAUUUCGAUGGUGGUAUUUGGUACAGCUUGCCUGGAGCUUGUCCAUCCUUGUCUUAUUUGGAGAAGUCUGGCGACAAGGCUUGUGAGAGAGUCCAGCCGGGCGGGAAGUGUUUCGGCAUCCCCACCGGCACGGGCGACUGUACUUGGAACUAUGAAAAUGCUGGGGAGCUGCGCUUGACGGAGCUCUACACAGACCAGGAGGCCUUUUGGUCCGGCAACAGCAGGGAGACGAACGCGCGGAAGGUGGCAGUGGCCCGAAGACUCUUUGCCGAGAAGUAUGGCCCUGACCCUCCAGUGCCCCCCUGCGACUUUAACAAGGCCAGGAUCUAUGGAUGA